AUGGACUCGAGAAUAGCUCCGGACGCUUAUAUUGCGCUUCAACUGCCCUCAGGAACAACCAAAGUCCUGCAAAUACUUCCGAAUUCGAAUGUGUCUCUUGGGAAGUACGGUUCAUUCCCUGCAAAUCAGAUCCUUGGCCGACCGUUCUACCUGACUUUCGAAAUACUUGACGAAGCCGACGCAAAUGGACAUAUCCUACGCGUUGUUCCAGCUGCGGAGUUACACACGGAGGCGCUGAUGACUGAAUGCUCGGGUCCCGGGGAGCUUGACGAUGGACUAGAAACCGGCGACGCGAACGGAGAGGAUGAAAGCACCGAUGCUCGCGACAACCGGAAUAUCGUCGACGAUAACUCUGCGCAGCGCAUGACCAUGGAGGAAAUUGAGAAUUUAAAGCAAGGCACAACUGGUGCCGGGAAAGAAAUCAUUGCUAAACUCCUUCAAUCACAUUCAGCCCUAGACCAGAAGACUGCGUUUUCCCGGGCCAAAUACACGCUACGGAAGAGAAAGAAAUUUUUGAAGCGAUUUACGCCGCUGCCUCUUGACGUAUCAUUGCUCACAAAUUGGAUGCUGGACAAGGAUGGAGGAAGAACCAUGGAGAUACGGGAUGAAUUGCUGGGGCUCAUAGGUUGCUACGGGAAUGUGCAUCAUGCUGGGGAAGAAAUACUAGAUCCAACGGCCGCUCAGCCUGGUGGGCGUUGGCUUAUCGUGGAUGAUACAGGCGGCUUGGUGGUUGCAGCUAUGGCAGAAAGGAUGGGAAUACUAUAUCCUUCAUCGACAGACUCGGAUCGGGGGCUUGAUGAACUUGUGGCGGAGAAAAUUGAACCCGGUGAUGCACCAAUCGAAACCGGGGCGACACCAAUGGCCAACAUCGACGAUAAGCCACUUGAGAACUCUGACGACUUGAACCCAUCCACACCUCACCAACUACACCACCCCUAUCGUGCGGCGCCCAUGUCAGCGAAAAGUACGAGUAUUACCGUAAUACAUCCGAACUUCCAGCCUAAUCUUACCCUGCUAAAGUAUUUCUCUUAUGACCUUAACGACCCUCCCGAAUCGCAUCCUCUCCACACCCACCUCAAAACGCUCUCCUGGAUUCAGCUCGUGGAUCCUGAUUCUGACUCCACCUACGCCAACGAGCCUGAAGUCGUACCCGAAUCUGUCCUUAACGAAUGGAAGCCUAGCAAAAGAGGCGGAUAUCAUCGAAAACGGCGUCGGUGGACGAGAGUUCAGACAGUCGUAGAAGAAACGCGUGCCGGUGGUUUCGACGGCUUGAUAGUCGCGACCCUAAUGGACCCUGCUUCCGUUUUGAAACAUGCCGUACCAUUAUUGGCCGGUUCAGCACCAGUGGUAGUUUAUUCACCACAUAUCGAGCCAUUGGUUAAACUUGUUGACUUAUAUUCUACGAUGCGCCGGGCGGCAUACCUGAACCAGAAACACGCCGCGCAGGAGGGUCAAAGGAAAGGAAGAAGUGAGCAAAGCGAGACCGCAGAUGAAGCCAAAGAGAUAAACUAUGACGAUGAUGACUUCCCCGUCGACCCAUCGUUGCUUUUAGCUCCUUCAAUACAGACAUCGCGUGUCCGUCCAUGGCAGGUUCUCCCGGGCCGUACCCACCCGCUUAUGACUGGAAGAGGUGGAGCGGAGGGUUAUGUUUUUCAUGCUAUUCGCGUUAUUCCGGCAGGAAAGAAAGUCGAAGCCCGUGGGAUUCCCGGAAGGAAGAAAAGAAAGGUUGCAACAGAGUCAUCGGAGCAGACGCCAAAGGAGAGUGAGGAUGUGGAUAUGCAAGACUAA